GGCUCCGUGCCCGGGCGGAGCGUGCGGCAGCGGACCGGGCCCGGCCGCGCUUCCGGCGCCGCGGCUCCAUGGACGCCAACCUGCGCUUCUGGAGGGCGGAGGGCCAGUCUUUCUUCCAGAGGUUUCUCCUCUGGUCGGACGCCUUGGAUCCGCUGCUGCUCCUCAAGUCCACCAAUGAAAUACAAAGAACCAGGUUAUUAAUACAAAACAAUGAGAAGACCCUAAGUGAGCCCAUACAGAAUAAUCAGACUAAACAAGCCUUCUUGCUAAGCCUGUCCAGCAUACAUCCUGAUACAGACAAGAUAAUUCCUGUUUUGUUUAGACCUCCUGCUUUCAUGCCCAUAACUCUUCCUUUGGUCAUUGUUUCAUCUGUUCAGAGCCAGGCAAAGCAUUCUUUAUUUUGGCAGUUUGUGUUUCACACAUACACCACAGCAUUCACUCUGGUAAAUGGAAAUGGCACCCCAAAGGCUGAAGAAUACUCACUUCAUCAAAAGCAGAUCUUUCUUGGCAUGUUAGCCAUUUCCUAUUCAGCCUGUGUUGGUGCUCUCCCUCUUGCCUUCAUGAAUCGUUAUGUGCUGAAGAGCUCAUUAAUGCAACUUGUCGUCAGAAAACUGCUCCCUGCUCCUCUGUUUGGUUUGACAAGUGCAUUUACUGUGGCAGUGGUGAGAAGCCCAGAAUUUGAGAAUGGGAUAGAAGUGAUGGACAGGAAUGGCAAGGUUAUGGGAGUGUCUAAGAAGGCUGGUGAGAAGGCUGUUAUGGAGACUGCAUUGUCCAGAGGAGUCUUGUUUGGGACAACGUUCUUCCUGCCAGAAGUGCUCAUGUACUGUGUGCAGAGAGCAAGAUUCGUUAAAAAUCCUCGUGCUUUGGGUUCAGUGAGGAUGUUUGUGAUUAUGUCAGUCCUAGCAGGGAUGCUGCCAGCCUCAUUUAGUAUGUUCCCACAGUGUGGGGAGAUAAAGCGAGCAGACCUUGAACCGGAAAUUCUGUCAUCUACAGAAGAAACAGAGUUCUUCUACAACAGGGGAAUCUAGAGCCUGGCUUUUAUAUAUAGAUGUGUGCUGUGAUCCAAGUGAAUUCUGAUUGCAGCACUGGCAUUUGUGGCUGAAUUGUGAUUCUGUGGUGGCAAAGGUGCCAGAUCCUGUGAAUGAUGGUGUGGCCUGUAAAGAGGCAGAACUUUGCAACGUGGCUUUGCCAGCCCAGCCUGGUGGCACCUGAAGCUGAAAAGUACUAGAAAAGCACUAUAACACAGCCUUUGUCACAAUCUGUGUUCUGUGCUUCCUCAGGUGAUUGAUUUCUUAAUUAAACCACUGUUGAGUACAUAGGUUUGUUCUGCUGCUGCAACUUUUGGUGUGCUUCUUUCCAGGAACCCAGCUGGUGAAGGCUUUGACAUCAGUACUCCUGUGGGUAAAGUCCAGCUGGUUCUUAUCAGAACACUUUGAUGUUUUCAGUGAUCUACCAAUGCUCAUUUUGAGGAUGAGACGUGACUGAGGCAGCCCUUGAAGUUAUAUUGGACAAAGCAACCCUGAUGGCAAUGGAAUAUUGGUUUAAUUUAGGUGUCUAAAAAGUGUUCAGGAAAUGGGUGUCAGACUUGAUUACCAAUUAGUUCCUGGCUUUCUAAACAUCCUUGAAGUAGUUUUGAGGCCUGAUGGCCCUUGAGCUUUAGAAGUUUUUUUACACUGAAA